AGAUUAUUUGACCUGGUCUUCGUAUGUAAUUUUGAAAGUCUUCAACCUGCGUCAAUGAAGAAUUUUCUGUCCCUUCUUUCCACUGGAUACUAUAUAUGUAUAUCAAGUUAAAUCUACACAACUUAUGUAAAACAUUUGUUGUCCAUCAAAGCACUUUUUCAAUUGAUCCAUUCUUUGAUUUUUCAGUUUUCACUUCAAAAGUGUCAUGGCAAAUCUUGGAACUACACAAAGAAUACUACCAACCUCCUCAAAACCUUCAUCCCCAACAACUGACACACACGAACCAAAAUCACCACAUGAAAAACUAUAUGCUGAUCUCAAAUUCUAUUGCCCAAUUAACAUCCCCUUAACACAAGAUGCUGCAGCAUCUCGCAUCAUAAGAAACUUAGGGAAUUUGGGGUUAUACUACACACUCUUUAUUUGGAUCAUACUCUUCAUAACCCUCAUACCGGAACGAAAAGUGUCGUUGAUUCUGUUGGUUAUCAUGACUUAUGUGACAACCCUUUAUUGUUUACUAUUAAGGGCAUGUCCUAAUUCAGUUGUGCUUCAUAGGAUCAUAGAUAAAAGGAUUGUGUUGAGUUUGCUAUUUAUUGCAACUGCAAUUCAGCUGAUUUUGACCGAAGCAGGUAUUCAUUUUGCAGUGACUUUGACUUGUAGUGUACCUGUAGUUUUGCUUCAUGCAGUGUUAUGGGCUGGUAGUUAUGAAUAUGAUGCGUAUGAAACUGAGGAAGGUUCUGGUAAAGAAGAAUUGGCUCCUCUUACCGGCAGCCAGAAUGAUAGUGAACCUCAUAACGUCGAUGUUGUUUGAUUUAUGAGAAGUCCUUGUGUUGCAACUAUUUAAUAAAAUAAAAUAAAAAUUAAGAAGUUUGAUUUAAAUGCAAAUAGAACAAGUUCUUUUACUUGAAUUUUGUAUAACUCUGCAAGGAAAUAAUGCACAAGAUAGCAUAUAUGCAGUGUUUGUAAUGAGUAUGAAUACAUGUGUGAAGAAUCGCUACUAUUAUCUUGAAUAACAAUUGUCUCAUCUAUUUUUGCUGUCAAAAAAGAUUGUAUCAUCUAUUUUUAUUAUUUACUUUUCACGAGGAAAAUUACAUAAAAGGUUAGGAAAGAAUUGGGUAGUGAAAUGGAUAUAGAGUUGUGUUGGGUAUUAGGCUUGCUUUUUGAAGACCCAAAUAUUAGUCUAUUAUGUCUCACUUAUAUAAGUCGGAAGGGGGUCAUACUAAAGUUGCAAGGAGAGAGUAUUUUGGUGAGGAGAACAACCAUCAAAAAGGGAAAAGAAGAGCGAAAACAAUUCCCGUUUUUUUCGUUCACCGUUGGACUGUGCAAAUUUUUGAAGAGCAGGUUUGCAUCACUUGUUUCUUCAUUUUUACUGCUCGACAGUUUGUGGUAUUUUUCCAGCAUGUUGUUAUUUGUAUGCUGGUGUGCUUUGUUGAUUUGACUUGUUGUCGACACUAUUUUUGUAUCACAUUGAAAUACUCAUGUCCUUGUUUUAUUAUA